AUGCGGAAGAGUAGGUGCAAGUGCGGUUGUCAAAGCACUAUUACACCAUGUGGGGCCCCUUUUCGGUAUACUCGAACACCUGGAAUCCGACCUUGGAUCUCACUUCACUGCCACAAUCUACCAACAGAAUCACAAAGAUUUGUUUUAUCUGAUUAUGGUAGCUUGGAAAUUUAUAAUAUUAUAGGCAGUGAUGCUGGCAGUUAUACUUGCAAAGUGAGCUAUAUAUAUAAUGGCGAUCAACUGACCACAGAAAUCCAUUUUAUGAUCUAUGUGUAUCAUAUGCCUGGAAAGAGUAUACAUCUAUCAUCUCAAUUCACAACUGGAACAUGUGAAACCAAUGUAGUUGCUUCAUUUGAAAAGUAUCUGUUAGAGAAGCUGGAGAGCUUAAUUCACAACCUGGGUUGUAAAAUUAACCAGUGGGGUACCCAAUGUCAUGCAUCUACAGACAUGCUGGAAAAGAUAAAACACAAGCUUACUUUUCAGUUUGUAGUGUUUCCUUUAGUUCUGACUACAGCAGAUCUCUGUCGAAGCUCUCAAUGUGAAAAUUCCACAAGCAAUAUUAAAAAGGCAUAUGACAGGAUCAAGCAGUUCUUUGAGGUCCAGAAAACUAAUUCCUCUCACAGUGAACUCUUAAAUUAUAUCCCUGGCAGUCUGACUGGAGUUAAAGUCGACCACUGCAAACCAGGUUUUGGGAAAAACAUAAAUGCCAUUAACAAUGAUACAAUAUGUCCAGGAUGUUGUGUAACAUGUCCACCAGGUAAAUUCAGUGCAAACUAUGGUACAAUCUGCAUUCUCUGUUCUGCUGGUUCCUAUAAUGGAAAGUAUGGUCAAGUUGCAUGUGAAAGCUGUCCAAAAGCACAAAGCAGUGAUGAAAAGGGUGCAGAGACAAAAAGAAAAUGUCACAGUAAGUUUUUGGAAUAUGUUACCAAAUAAAUAUUCCUUAAGCCAACCUUUCUUCUUUUGAGAAAUAUGGAAAACCCUAACAAUUAAAACAUUUUUGGAGAAUGGCUGCGAUAGAGGCUUGUUUUGCACGGUUUCUUUAGUGAUUU